AGAGAGAGAGAGAGAGAGAAGAGAGAGAGAGAGAGAGAGAGAGAGAGAGAGAGAGAGAGAGAGAGAGAGAGAGAGAGAGAGAGAGUCUAUAUUACAUGUUCAAAGGGAUCAAAGCCACAAGCUAUGAACAGAAACUAUAUAUCCCUAUAUGACAUGAUCACAGCCACAAGCUAUGAACAGAAACUAUAUAUCUCUAUAUGACAUGAUCAAAGGGAUCACUGGAGGAUAGAGGUUAAUUCGUCCUAGCAUUUCAGCUUUUGCUCUCGAACCUACAAAAAAAGCAUUUCUCUUCAUUUUAACGCCAUAAUUUGAGGAAAGAUGCCUGCCACGCUUCCUGCCCAGGACAGCCAGUUGGCUCUAAGAGGCCUGCUUACCUCUGGGACUUCCAAGUACCAGGUUCAGUCAUUUCUCGGACAGGGCGCUUUUGGAACGGUCGUAAAGUGCACGACUCUGGACGACAAGAGGACCGUGGCCAUAAAAAUGAUUAAACUGGGGGACGGUAAUUUGAAGGUGGCAAAACAAGAGGUAAGUGGGCUUAUCCCAGUUUGAAUUAUACCAGCCUGCAUCCAUAUCUACACAUAUGUACUGCCUUGUUUAAGUUUACAUUUGUCAAGCUGAUAAACAAUCUUUGUGUCACCUGCCAUGUAUCUCCAGGUGGCUACUCUGACGAAGCUUAGAUCGUUGGACCUGAACAAAUGCAACAUUGUUCAGUGGAACCAGUACUUCAUUGACAGAGGACACAUUUGCCUCGAGUUUGAGCACCUGGACAAAAAUCUUGUGGAUUUCAUGAAGGAACAAAAUUUCAGACCUCUCCUUCUGAAGGAGAUAAGACCAAUUGUCCAGCAGGUUGCCCAUGCACUGAAACACUUGAAGGCUGCAGGGAUUGUCCAUGCAGACCUAAAGUUGGACAACGUCAUGUUAGUUGAUCAGCUACGGGAGCCCUAUAGGGUCAAAGUGAUCGACUUUGGACUGGCGUGUCAGGUGUCAACUGCCAUGCUGGGGUCAUACGUUCAGACCCGUCCAUACCGGUCUCCAGAGAUCUUGUUGGGGAAUCCCUUCACAGAUGCCAUAGACAUGUGGUCUCUUGGCUGCAUGGCCGCUGCUAUGUACCUCGGGACCCUGCUCUACCCUGGGUUGGGUGAAUAUGAAAUGAUCAAGUACAUCAUGGAGACUCAGGGUCAGCUCCCCGUCACCAUGCUCAACCAUGGACUUAAGACUCCAAAAUAUUUCAGGAGAGAAGUCAACUCCGACGCCUCGGUCUGGAAACUCAAGACACCAGACGAGUACCGCAAAGAGACGGGGAUGCGGCCAAUGGAGAACAGGUGUUUAAAGUUCACCUCCCUGGACCACCUCGUGGAUGUCCGACCAAUCAACACACACAACUCUGCAGAUAGAAUUGCAGAGAUUUCUGAUGUCUACAUGUUUGUGGACAUGCUGAAGGGGAUGCUUCAGCUCGAUCCCAACACAAGGGCCACACCCUGUCAGGUGCUGGAGCAUAAGUUCAUUAGCAUGCUCCACUUCGCCCGCAUGGACCAACAAAGCAGCUAUAUCUGUUCCUGUUUUCAAAUGAUGGAAGUCUGUCAGAAGGAAAUCCAGACUUCUGACAGCACAGCUGUGUGCGGGCCACUGGUGCAGCACCAGUGCACAGCUACCAACCUCGUCCAGCAGAAUCCUCCAUCUUAUGCCGAGUGGAGAAAAACUUCCCAGCCCCAACACACCGGCCUACUUCCCUGCACCAGCAAGAGGAAGAUUGAUCAUUAUUACUCUCUUCCCUGUUCAAACAGUAAGUUCCAGGGAAACCGUGACGACAGCUCCAGCAGACAUGAUUCUCGGACCAGGCCUGCUGAUCACCACCAACAGAACACAGGUCCUUCGGGCAGCCCCCGGACAGAGGGUCAGGCUCAGUUGGGACUGAAAAGAAAAGCAGGUGAUCAUGAUGAUGUGCCUUCUCCCAAGAGAAAGUCUGUCCCCUGGUCACAUACUGACAGAAGGUUCCGGGGAAACCGUGACGACAGCAGCAGCAGACAUGAUUCUCGGACCAGGCCUGCUGAUCACCACCAACACAACACAGGUCCUUCGGGCAGCCCCCGGACCGAGGGUCAGGCUCAGUUGGGACUGAAAAGAAAAGCAGGUGAUCAUGAUGAUGUGCCUUCUCCCAAGAGAAACUCUGUCCCCUGGUCACAUACUGACAGAAGGUUCCAGGGAAACCGUGACGACAGCACUAGCAGACAUGAUUCUCGGACCAGGCCUGCUGAUCACCACCAACACAACACAGGUCCUUCGGGCAGCCCCCGGACCGAGGGUCAGGCUCAGUUGGGACUGAAAAGAAAAGCAGGUGAUCAUGAUGAUGUGCCUUCUCCCAAGAGAAAGUCUGUCCCCUGUUCACAUACUGACAGAAGGUUCCAGGGAAACCGUGACGACAGCACCAGCAGACAUGAUUCUCGGACCAGGCCUGCUGAUCACCACCAACACAACACAGGUCCUUCGGGCAGCCCCCGGACCGAGGGUCAAGCUCAGUUGGGACUGAAAAGAAAAGCAGGUGAUCAUGAUGAUGUGCCUUCUCCCAAGAGAAACUCUGUCCCCUCGUCACAUACUGACAGAAGGUUCCAGGGAAACCGUGACGACAGCACCAGCAGACAUGAUUCUCGGACCAGGCCUGCUGAUCACCACCAACACAACACAGGUCCUUCGGGCAGCCCCCGGACCGAGGAUCAGGCUCAGUUGGGACUGAAGAGAAAAGAAGGUGAUCAUGAUGAUGUGCCUUCUCCCAAGAGAAACUCUGUCCCCUGUUCACAUACUGACAGAAGGUUCCAGGGAAACCGUGACGACAGCACCAGCAGACAUGAUUCUCGGACCAGGCCUGCUGAUCACCACCACCACCACCACCACCACCACCACAACACAGGUCCUUCGGGCAGCCCCCGGACCGAGGGUCAGGCUCAGUCGGGACUGAAGAGAAAAGCAGGUGAUCAUGAUGAUGUGCCUUCUCCCAAGAGAAACUCUGUCCCCUGUUCACAUACUGACAGAAGGUUCCAGGGAAACCGUGACGACAGCACCAGCAGACAUGAUUCUCGGACCAGGCCUGCUGAUCACCACCAACACAACACAGGUCCUUCGGGCAGCCCCCGGACCGAGGAUCAGGCUCAGUCGGGACUGAAGAGAAAAGAAGGUGAUCAUGAUGAUGUGCCUUCUCCCAAGAGAAAGUCUGUCCCCUGGUCACAUACUGACAGAAGGUUCCAGGGAAACCGUGACGACAGCACCAGCAGACAUGAUUCUCGGACCAGGCCUGCUGAUCACCACCAACACAACACAGGUCCUUCGGGCAGCCCCCGGACCGAGGAUCAGGCUCAGUCGGGACUGAAGAGAAAAGAAGGUGAUCAUGAUGAUGUGCCUUCUCCCAAGAGAAACUCGGUCCCCUGUUCACAUACUGACAGAAGGUUCCAGGGAAACCGUUACUACAGCAAGCGCAGGGACUAUGAGAGGAAAAGAGGCAUAAAUGACGGAUCCACCUGCAGAGAUGAUCAUUGUCACACUCGCCAUAGUCAGCCGGAUCAGAGGACCAGGCCUGCUGAGCACCAUCACCACAACACGGGUCCUUCGGGCAGCACCGGGACUGAGAGCAGGCGAUGAUGAUGAUGUCCGGACGACGAUGCAAGCCUCUCCUUGUCAGAUAGCGACACCUGCUAUUUGAUCUUGUAAUAUAAAAUCAAACUGCACAUUUAACACAGAUUUGUGCACCUGAAUUUAUUCAUAUUUUAAAGUGGACAGGUCAGUGCAGUCAAAUUAAAGGACAAACCUGCAUGAAUGCACAGGGAUAUAUGCAAAGAAUGCAGAUGAUUAUUGUAAAUGCUGUGAAAUCUAUACUGUUGCCUUACAGUCAGCAGAUCCGUAGAGUUUAACAUCGGUAUGAGAUUUUUAAGACUUUGCCACUAAACACUAAAUGAUGUUUAAUUUAUCACCCAUCUGUAUAAGUUUGUAGCCUUAAAGAAAAGAAAGAAAAAAAAGAUGUUAAAAAAAUACUGAUAAUAUAAAAUGUUUAAAAUCAAGUUGUUUUUUACAUAAAUAUUUUGUACUGUCUUA